AUGGCGGAGAUCCGUCGCAAGCUCGUCAUUGUCGGCGACGGCGCCUGUGGAAAGACCUGUCUGCUCAUUGUCUUCUCCAAGGGCACCUUCCCUGAGCCUGCCCAUCUCCGCACCCCUCCCGCUCGCCGUCGCUCAUCGACUUCUUUGAUCCUCUUGCUGACAUGGCUAUUUCUGCAGGUCUACGUCCCUACCGUCUUUGAAAACUACGUCGCCGAUGUCGAGGUUGAUGGUAAACACGUCGAACUCGCCCUCUGGGAUACCGCCGGCCAGGAAGACUACGACCGUCUCCGGCCACUUUCCUACCCUGACUCCCACGUCAUCUUGAUCUGCUUUGCCAUCGACUCGCCCGACUCGCUGGACAACGUUCAGGAGAAGUGGAUCUCCGAAGUCCUGCACUUCUGCCAGGGCCUUCCCAUCAUCCUCGUCGGCUGCAAGAAGGAUCUCCGCUACGACCCCAAGACCAUUGAGGAACUGCAGAAGACCUCGCAGAAGCCCGUGACUCCUGAACAGGCCGAGGAAGUCCGCAAGAAGAUCGGUGCCCAGAAAUACCUCGAGUGCUCGGCCAAGACGAACGAGGGCGUGCGGGAGGUGUUUGAGCAUGCCACGCGCGCCGCACUCCUCACGCGAACGACCAAGAGCAAGAAGAAGUGCAGGAUCUUGUAG